AUGAGGACUUUUACGACGAUCUCGGCGAGCUCGUUCGUUCGAUCGCAGAAAAGCAGCUACAUAGUGGUAUCUGGUGAUUUCAACGCACGAGUUGGUGAAAGAAGUUCAGGAGAACGCCUUAUCGGACCAAACUGUGCUGAACAACGGAACGCCGUUGGAGAGAGGCUGCCGAACUUUUGCGAGAUGUAUCACAUGUUUCAUGGUAACGGCCAGUUCGUUAAAGCGCCAACGAAAAGAUGGACUUAUGUGUCCCCGAAUGGGCAAUACUAUCACGAACUAGACCAUAUCCUGUGUAGCAGAAGAGCCAUCACAGAUGUCGGAGUAGUCCCAUCAUUCAAUANGAAGUUCGUCACGCAAUCGAAACAAUGCCGAAAAGAAGAGCCCCUGGAGCUGACGGAUUAUCCUUGGAGGCCCUACAAGCAUGCAGUCAUAAAAUUCACUGUGCUUUAG